CGACCAAGACGAACAUUCGAACAACUGAUGGCUGGCUUGAGAGUGCUUGGAUCCAUCCCCUCAGUCCACAGGCCUGGGCAUCAUCCCACCAACAACUUCCCUUGCACCCUCUCCCACUCUGAUGCUCCAAUCGUCCAUGGCCCCGCGCUUACUCUUCACUUUAUCCACCUCUCGCUGCCAUCGACGAUGAUCCUGGUCUGGAGAGGUUACUGCACUGGCCAUCUUCUCUGCCCAUUCCGAGAUCAGCAGCCAAAACCGCUUGAAUAUCGAGUCCUCGUCGGCCAAUUAGAGUAUAUUCAGGUCACGCCGCUCGAGCGUGGUUGAUCCCCGUGUUGAGACGUUGUCGUUGGCUGUUGCCGGUUGCUGCUGAGUCAAUUCAUGAUGUCACGCAGCACAGCAGAGUGUGAGAUAUAGUAGCAAGGAAAAGAACAUUUCCGAGAUUUUGUUUUCCAAUGGAAAAACACCGUUGCUGGGCGCUGGUUCAGCUGCAGAAGUAGUUUAUGAACAACUUCCAGGGGCAGCUUGGAAGAUGCUGAAUAGCCCAAUUCAGUGAUGCUCCCAUGUUUGUUUUGCCCACGGUCAGACGCAUUGGUCUCCAACGUUUGUAGAUGAAUACCUGAACUGACAAAGUCGGCCGCGAAAUUGAACGAGCAACCCAUAUCUAGUGAUUUCAAUCCUUUCGUCCAACUAUAACAAAGCUAUUCUCGCAUCAUCUUCGACGUGGAAGUCCAAUGUUAGUACAAGGUGGGAUGAUGAUGAUGAUGAUGAUGCUGUGAACAUCAAUUGAUUGAAUUCAAGGGUCCAGCUAUGCCAAGACCGAGCACCUCGAAAGUCGAACGAACAGCUAGCCAUUACCACCUGCACCGCAACAUGACAACACCCAGAGGUGCCGAUGCGCCUCUUGAAACAGAGAUAUCAGAAAUCGCUUCUGUAUCCCCUUCCCCAUCAUCCACCGAAACUGCCUCAAGUCCAACGACGCCCCCCGAAUCCCCCCAAAGCCUCUGGCUGCGCCGAUCUGUGUUACUCUCCUUUUGGGCUGUAGCGCUUCUUCUGGGCCUUCCAGUAUGGUGGAAGACGACAGCAAUCUACAGGUCCGACCUGCCUUUGCAGGCCAUGUCCGACUGGGCUGAGGGAAAGGUUGCUAAACCCGUCUUUCCCCUACGCAUCGCUGUGGAAGCCCCCGUCCUACCCCAAGACGCACAUAGCCUCGUCCAAACGACCCAACAUGCCCUCGACGAUCUGAACGACUUCUCGGCCCAUCAAUUACGCCUCAUGCUGGUGGACCCUCCAUCUACAGGCAAUGCCUCGCAGCAAGUCGUCAUAGACGGAACACGGAACACUGGUGAUGAUAAGGACACUGCUUUGCUGGUCAGGCUGAUUCCUGUCGAGACUGGGAAGACGCCUAGGUCAUAUCUCCACCCGUAUUCGUCCACGCUGAACGUGUAUUAUGCCCCGAGCCACAUGUCAAGUGUCUCAUCAACAGCUUCUCCGCUGGCAGCCUUCAUAGCUCGCGAGUUGCACAGUGUUUACGCAGAAGAGCAGGCCCAACUGGCACACCUGCUUUCGGUCUCUGGCGAUCACAACGCCAAAGUGCAUUCGCUAUCCCCGGACACCGCGGCCGAGCUACAACGCCAAUCAACUAGGGUGCUGAAGUAUGCACCCACCUAUCAUUUGACCUUCUCGUUGUUCACGUCUACGUCAAUCCCUUCAGCCUGGGACAUCGAGGCGGCCCUGAGGCAGUAUAUGGCUCCGCUGCUCGAGUCUUUCUCGACCAUCAGCAACUUUACCAUUGACACCCAGGUUCAGCUCUACGCGACGCUGUCUCCGUCCUUCCCACCUCCAGAGUACGAUGAAACUAUGAAAGCGUGGACCCUCAGAAACGAGGACUUGAGCGGGUUUAUCAACGCUGCCGAGUGGCCCCUCAGCCCCAGUAUUGCGCAUGGCCCUACUGUCAAUUUCGCCCUCUACGUUCCCGAGCAGAGCAAGUCUCCACUGUUGGUCAAGGACAGUGGAGCGAACAGCUGGCUGGUACCCCAAUGGGGCGGAGUUGCUAUUUUAAACCCUUCUUCGUCCGAGCAAGAUGCAACUCCUCUGUCGGCUCUUUCCAAAGAAGCCCUUGCGCCAGCCAUGCAGACGUUUUCGAAUCAACUAAUUUCGUUGCUUGGCCUACCUCAAACCCCCGCUUCCUUGCCAUUGCGGCUAUCUACACUCGCGCGUAUCCGUGCUGCUUCGCUAGUUUUUUCUGCGUCUUCCACUCUCGGUGCCCUGGCCCAGGUUUAUCAAAAAUUACCAAAUAUCCCCGUUCCAGACACAGUAGCCCAGUCCGUGAAUCGUGCUUUGGAUCAUCUACAGCUAGCCUGUGAUGAACUUCGGGAUGGCCGUUUUCAGGGCGCUCUUGAGCACGCUAGAAUCGCUGAUGGGGAGGCUGAGAAAGCAUUCUUCGAACGGUCUAUGGUAGGUCAGGUCUACUUCCCGGAUGAGCAUAAGGUUGCUGUAUAUAUGCCGCUCCUGGGACCAAUUGGGGUGCCUUUAUUCAUGGCCAUGUUGAAGGAGAUCAAGAACGAAAUCACAGCAUUCAGAAGAAGACGUAGUGCUACAUGA